AUGUCAGCUGCUUCAUCCAGGUUCAUCGUCAUUGUUCUCACUGUUCAUAUUGGUACGGUAUUAGGUUCCUCGCUUCGACUAGCCGGAGGAACACGUUACAAAGGACGUCUUGAGGUCUACAUUGAAAGGCAAUGGGGUACAGUAUGCGAUGAUGGGUGGGAUAUAAUUGAUGCACGCGUGGCCUGUCGUGAACUAGGCUUUGGAGAUCCAAAGCAGACCAUAAUCCCAUCAUUUCCAGGAGGAAGUUAUUUUCAAACCAUACUUUUAGAUGAUGUUCGCUGUACUGGCUUAGAGUCUAGUCUUUUGUCAUGUUCACAUACUAAUAAAAAUUAUCAAGACUGCUCUCACGACGAGGAUGUGGCCAUAGAAUGCUAUCCAGCAGGUUCAGGUAUUACCUGCGAAGUCGGAUGGACUUUAUUUGAAGGAAGCUGUUAUAAAUACUACUUUAGCGUACUCUCUUGGCAAAGCGCCAGAAGGUCUUGUCAAAAUAAGGGAGCAGAUUUGGUUGUGGUCAAGAAUUAUGCAGAGAACAACUUCAUUUACAGUACUCUUGCCGGUCGGAGGGAUGUGUGGAUCGGCUACGCAGUUUUCACAUAUGGGGGUAACUUCAAGUGGGUUGAAUCAGGAAUUAUUUCGGACUACGAAAACUUUCGUUAUAGUGGAGGUUAUCGAUAUGGAGGCUGCGUUAAAAUAAGUUCUUAUUAUUAUGGUAGAUGGGACGACAUUACGUGCAGUACACAAAAGAGUUACGUGUGCCAAAUAAGCUACCUGAAGCAUUAUCAAGAAGAACAUAACAAAUAG